AAAAAAAAAAAAACCAACAAACAACCAACCCUAUCGCGAUCCUAAAAGGCAAAACCAGAGCGCGGAGUUACUGGAAGAAGAAACCGGGGUUAAAAAGAUUCCUCCUCUCUUCUUCAUCAUCAUCAACCAUCAUUCAUUCACUACCUUGACAUUCCCUGGCUUUGAUUGACAGCUGGAGUGGCAAAAAGCCAUGAGACACGACAGUUUGGUUACAUGUGGGUUGCUGACGGGCCGAUCGUAACCUUCAGUUUGGGGGCUUGACAAUUUUAUUUUUUUUUUAAUAGAGAAAGAAAAAAGGAAAAAGAGGGACAGAAAAAGGAAAGAGAAAAAAAGAAGAAAACACAGAAACUCAUCGUGGUUCUUGACUGUUUUUUUUUUUAUAUAUCAUUGUUGUUGUUAUUAUUGUUGUUAUUAUUAUUUACCCAUAUUGGAGGAUAGGAGAAGUCUAUAAGUGGGUUGCAGGAAAAAAAAAAAAAAGGAAUCUUCUUCACUCUAAAUCACUUUCUUUGCUGGACUGGGAUAUUAAAUAUACGACACAUCCAGGAGUUUAUUGGAGCGCAGACUGAUGGCGCAAAGGUACGAUGAGCUGCCCCACUACGGCGGAAUGGAUGGAGUAGGGGUGCCUGCGUCCAUGUAUGGGGACCCUCACGCUCCCCGGCCGAUCCCCCCCGUGCACCACCUCAACCAUGGGCCGCCGCUCCACGCCGGGCAGCACUACGGCGCCCACGCCCCGCACCCCAAUGUCAUGCCGGCCAGCAUGGGCUCCGCUGUCAACGACGCCCUGAAGCGGGACAAGGAUGCGAUCUACGGGCACCCGUUGUUCCCCCUCUUAGCUCUGGUCUUUGAGAAGUGCGAGCUGGCGACCUGCACGCCCCGGGAACCCGGCGUGGCCGGCGGGGACGUCUGCUCCUCCGACUCGUUCAACGAGGACAUCGCCGUCUUCGCCAAACAGGUCAGAGCUGAAAAACCACUUUUUUCUUCAAAUCCCGAAUUGGACAAUUUGAUGAUCCAAGCAAUACAAGUACUAAGGUUUCACCUUUUGGAAUUAGAAAAGGUUCAUGAAUUGUGCGAUAACUUCUGCCAUCGGUACAUUAGUUGUUUGAAAGGAAAAAUGCCAAUAGACCUCGUUAUUGAUGAAAGGGAUGGCAGCUCCAAAUCAGACCACGAAGAACUCUCAGGAUCUUCCACAAAUUUAGCCGAUCAUAAUCCUUCAUCUUGGAGAGACCACGAUGAUGCAACCUCAACGCACUCGGCAGGCACACCCGGGCCCUCCAGUGGGGGCCAUGCUUCCCAGAGUGGAGACAACAGCAGUGAGCAAGGAGAUGGUUUAGACAACAGUGUAGCCUCACCUGGUACAGGGGAUGACGAUGACCCAGACAAGGACAAAAAGCGUCAGAAGAAAAGAGGCAUUUUCCCCAAAGUAGCAACAAAUAUCAUGAGAGCGUGGCUUUUCCAGCAUCUCACACAUCCAUAUCCUUCAGAGGAGCAGAAGAAACAGUUAGCCCAAGACACAGGACUUACAAUUCUACAAGUAAACAACUGGUUUAUUAAUGCCAGAAGAAGAAUAGUACAGCCUAUGAUUGACCAGUCAAAUCGAGCAGGUUUUCUUCUUGAUCCUUCAGUGAGCCAAGGAGCAGCAUAUAGUCCAGAGGGUCAGCCGAUGGGAAGCUUUGUAUUGGAUGGUCAGCAGCACAUGGGAAUCCGGCCUGCAGGUUUGCAAGGCAUGCCAGGGGACUACGUAUCUCAGGGUGGUCCUAUGGGUAUGAGUAUGGCACAGCCAAGUUACACUCCUCCCCAGAUGACCCCACACCCUACUCAAUUAAGACAUGGACCCCAAAUCCAUUCAUAUUUGCCAAGUCACCCCCAUCACCCAGCCAUGAUGAUGCACGGAGGACCCCCUACCCACCCUGGAAUGACCAUGUCAGCGCAGAGCCCCACAAUGUUAAAUUCUGUAGACCCCAGUGUUGGUGGACAGGUUAUGGACAUUCAUGCCCAAUAGUAAAGGGAACUCAAGGGAAAAACAAACAAACAAACAAAUAAAAACAAAAACAAACUAUUUUAAGACUUUUGAACUUUGACCAGAUGUUGACACUUAAUACGAAAUUCCAGACAGCUGUGAUUAUUUUUUACUUUUUGUCAUUUUUCAUCAACAACAGAGGACCAACGAAACAAGAACACAAAUGUGAAAUCAUGGGCUCGCUGAAAUGAAUUAUGUCCAUGUACAGAUCCUCUGGAAAAAAAAAAAAGACUCCAAGAGUUAUAACUACUGUAGUAUAAACAUAGGAACUAAGUUAACUUGUACAUUUCUGUUGAUCACUCCGUUACGUUGCCUCAAAUAGUUUUAGAAGAAAAAAAUCCUUGUUUUCCACACUAUGUGUGUUGUUCCCAAAAGAAUGACUGUUUUGGUUCAGCAGUGAAGUCACUAUCCAUGAAAGACCUGUUUUGGCCAGUGAGAAAAGAACUACCCUGGAGAUGAAGACGAAAAGUCUUGCUGGGUCUCUCAUCACUCAGAAGACUGUUCCAAGAAGGCCUUGCCAUUCCCUCAUUUUGUUCCUUCAUAAAAUGUGUCCUUUAGUUUCAAACAGAUCUUUAUAGUUUGUGCUUCAUUAAGUCUCUCCCCCUUCCUCCCCAAUCUAUUUUUUUUGGACUCUUCUUCAAAGAGCUUGCAGGUGAAGAUUUAAAAGACAGAACAGACAGAGCAGGAACUUCUUCCAGUAGUUCUGAGCCUUGGCUUUGGACAAAACAAAAGUAAAAGUUGGGCAGCUUUCCUCAAUGAAAAAAGUUACUAACGGUCUUUGCACCAAACCUAGGACUUUAUCAUGAACUCAAAGCUUGGGGAAAAAAAAGCAAGAGAAUACUGUAACAAACUUCGUACAGAGUUCGGUCUAUUAAUUGUUUCAUGUUAGAUAUUCUAUGUGUUUACCUCAAUUGAAAAAAAAAAAAGAAUGUUUUUGCUAGUAUCAGAUCUGCUGUGGAAUUGGUAUUGUAUGUCCAUGAAUUCUUCCUUUCUCAGCACGUGUUCCUCACUAGAAGAAAAUGCUGUUACCUUUAAGCUUUGUCAAAAUUUACAUUAAAAUACUUGUAUGAGGACUGUGACGUUAUGUUUUAAAAAGAAAAAAAAAAAGGUGUUAAGUCACAAAAUGCGGUAAUAAAUAUUUCAUUUUUGAUUUUUUGCUAGGCUUUUGUGUUUUUAAUCAUGCUUAGGAGAGACUGGAGUUAUUGGGAGAGAUGUCUCAUACAUUUCUUGCCGGCAUUGAGAAGAAAGGUUGGAAAAAUCAGAAACAAGCUUGUCAUCAGCAUUAAUAGAAUGAUUGGAUGAAAGAACGUCUGAGGUUAUAUAGUUCUGCGGUUUAUCUAUAUUAUAUUUAUGCAGAUUAAACAAAAAAAUGAAAUAUUCUCUCACCAGCUUGGAUUUCAGAGAACUGUGGCUAAUAGCUGUACUAUCUGCUAAUGACCUUGAAGCUGAGCUUGAGUCAUGAAGGCCCAGAUAUGAGUCCAGUAAGCCCACGUAUGUUAGGUGUAUGUAUGACCACCACAGCCCUUAGCUCCGGUUAUGUAGCUCAGAGGUGGAAAAAUGGCUUUAAAGCAGUAGAUUCAGAAGUUUUCAGAGGAGAAAAGCAGCUUUGAGUUUAAUUAGAGUUUUACCUGCGUGAGGGUUGUGUAGUCUAGCUUUUGAGAUGGUUUUACUACUUUUCUUGUUUUCACUUGUUUUCAGAAGGAAAGGGGUCGGGGGGAAGGGAAAAAGUUAAUUUCACAUUUUGUAUAUAAGUAGCUGGUGCAGAAUCAUGAGUGCAGCUUUGGCUUUAAUUAAAUAAGAGCUUGUGGUAUAUUUAAGCAGCUAAAGGAGAGUUUGAACUAGGAGGGCAUCAGCACUGUUAGGAAAAAGUCACCUUUCACUGCCCUUAAUUGUACUAUUAGGUCAGUAAGAGCAGGAUGGGGCCCAAGGAGCAGGAGAAAGUUCCAGCUUUCUGCAAGGAGAGGAGUGGGAAACACCUGAUAAUUACCUUAACUUUCUAGGAAACAAGUGUUACUGACUUCAACAUCUGUAAAUUUGUAACCCUUCUCCUUCCUCCUCCUCCUCCUCAUUCCAACUGGCCAGGGUGUUAUUAAAAACUUUGACUGACAGCUUUUACCAUUGGAAUGUGGAAAGAAGCUCAGACUCAUAGUUAAUGUUUAAUUUGUGCACUGAGUAAAUGGACCCACGCUGCUGAUGACAGAAGGGAGGAUGCCAGUAAAAUGGGUGUGAGGUUUUAUUUAGCAGUCAGAUCCUGCUUUGUGGGUAUUUUUUGAAGGCAUUUGUAUGAAAUUUAAAGGAUGAUAAUUCACUGCUUGGUUUUGAUUCUCUCUGU